AAGCCUUUAUUUUCAGGUGGUGGCUAGUUUGUAUCGGUGAAAGUUGGCGGCCUGAAAUAUAUUUUUUUUUCGACGUCGUGUGACGUUAGCGAUGUCGUCUCGCCGUGAAUAUCAGAUUCCGCGGGAAAAGUACUUCAUAAAAUUAUUAUAUAAUGAGAAGAAGGUGUGCGUUGCACGUGUUUUCAUAAACACGAAGAAAAUAUUAAAAUUGAAAGUUUUUUUUCACAACUGUAUUUUUUAUACGUAUUUUGGUGGUAAAAACGGAGUACUUUGUGGUGUUGUUGCUAAAUUAUGGGUGAGUUUUUCAUUUAUUUUGACUGAAUUUUUUUUUCAUGUAGAAAUAUUUAUCCACGAAAUGGAUUACUACAUUUUUGAUAUUUUUUCUCAAGGUGAAUCCGGUGAAUCUAGUAGUUCGUUACAUCGUUAUCCCUCGUAUAGUGAAUUUCACGAGGCUUUGGAUUCAUACGAAGUGAAGACGAAAACUCAUUACACAGUUUUGUCAGAAACCAAAGAUUUCAACAAAGAUCAAUGUUUACAAGAGGUUUUAGAAGCCUCUUCAUCACCUCAAAUUUGUUGGCAAUUAACACAUAAAGAAGACAGUCUUCCCAUUCAUUUUAAUGGCAUACCAUAUAUAUGGCUCGGUACAAAGAAAUACCAAUGCCACCAAGGGAAAGACAGAGGUAUCUCUAUAAAAAAGAAAUACAAACAAGAUCGAGAAGAAAAACUUCGUGGUGACCACCCCGAAUGUGUUAGAACGAGAAAACUGGCACAACACACCAAGAAGUUGGAUUGUCCUGUUGUAUUCAGCGUGAAGAAACUCCUACUGUUUCCUGGGUAUAAAAUCGAAAAAGAUUCUAAAUGGAACAGAACUGUUGCUUCAAAAAAAUUGAAAGGCGCAUUGGUGAAGUAUCACAUGAAAGAUGAUCAAUUAACAAUAGAGAGUCGAUUGCAGUAUAUAACGACAUUUCCAACUGAGACGCAUAGCAACCAUAAUAUGGGAGAGGCUGCUGGAUUAAUCGAACCAUUGGACCAACGAGUUGCUAAUUAUAUGAAACAAUUAAUUAGAGGUGGUUGUCGAAAAACAAGAGAGCUGAAGUUGGCAGCAGCUGAGUUUGUGAAAAACACUAUUUUUUCUGGUAGAUCAAAUCCAGAAAAAAGUAGGCGCAGAUUCACGCCAAGUAGAAAGAAAAUCAAAAAUUUGAUUACUUCAGUCAAAAUCGAAACACGAUAUUCAAAGAUUGACCAGGAGAAUGUUGAGUCUUUGAAAAACGAAUGGUCAGACUGGGCGGAUAUCUAUUUCAGUGCACGGUGAGACUAUACGAAUGCUUUUACGAACGGCUGAC